ACGUCCGAGCUGCACCGCAGCAUCCAUAACAGCGGUUUCGCCGUGCAGCAGCAUGCGGAGAAAGGACACCUCUCGGGUGUCUCUUUCCCGCAGACGGUGAAGGGGCUUCGGAGAGGAGGAAGAAGAGGAGGAAGAGCACUUUGGGAUGUAAGGGAGAUUUGUUGGAUUUUUAAAUCACCCCGUCGUUGUGAACUUGUGUCCGGCAUGGGGAAGGAGCAGGAGCUGCUGGAAGCCGCCCGGACCGGGAAUGUCGCCCUGGUGGAGAAACUGCUGAGUGGGAAGAAGGGGAUCCUGGGCUCGGGGUCCGGCUCCAUCCCCCUGCCCAACCUGCUGAGCAUGUGGAAAGGCCUGAAUGUCAACUGCACAGACAGCACGGGAUACACACCGUUACAUCACGCUUCCCUGAACGGACACAGGGACGUGGUCCUGAAGCUGCUGCAGUUCGAGGCGUCCACCAGCCUGGCCGACAGCAAGGGGUGCUUCCCGCUGCACCUGGCCGCCUGGCGCGGAGACGUGGACAUCGUCCGCAUCCUCCUCCAGCACGGGUCCUCGCACUGCCGGGUCAACCAACAGAACCACGAGCGGGAGACGGCGCUUCACUGCGCGGCCCAGUACGGACACUCGGAGGUGGUCUCCGUGCUGCUGCAGGAGCUGACCGACCCCACCAUGAGGAACAGCCAGCAGGAGACGCCUCUGGACCUGGCGGCGCUGUACGGACGCCUGCAGGUGGUGCGCAUGCUGGUGAGCGCUCACCCCAACCUCAUGACCAGCCACACCCGCCGGCACACGCCGCUUCACCUGGCCGCACGCAACGGGCACCGCAGCGCCGUGCAGACCCUGCUGGAGGCCGGCAUGGACGUCAACUGCGUGACGGAGAACGGCAGUGCCCUCCAUGAGGCGGCUCUCUGCGGGAAGACGGAUGUAGUUCGCCUUCUGCUCGACUCAGAGAUCGACACUAAUCUCAGAGACAGCCGGGGGAGAACCGCUCUGGAGAUCCUGAGGGAGCAUCCAGCCCCGAAAUCCCAGCAGAUCACUGCUCUCAUCCAGGAAUACACGAUGGAGGAGAUGGAGGGGAGGAGCAUCUCGGAGGAGCCCGUUCGCAAGUGUCCCGUCCCGGCACCCCGGACCUCCGUUCCCUCGCCCUCUGCGUCCCCCUCCCUCAGGCACAAGAACGACGCUGUGACAAGCGAGCUGUCCAAACUGCUCCACGAGAUCAAAAAGUGCCGGGACAGGGACUACUCCUUCGAGGAGCUCUGUCACACCAUCUCCUCCCACUCGGUGGACAGCUUCGGCAGCGGCCGGCUCUCGGACGAGGAGCGCCCAGAUCGACCCAACGGCACCCUGACCCGAGCCCAGCGGCCGAGCCCGCCUCUCGCUGUGGCCCUGGAGGAGGAGGAGGCAGAGAAGAGCUGCGGCCCCACUGGAUUCUGGGAGGCCCUCACGCCCUGCAACGGCUGUCGCAACCUGGGCUUUUCGAGCCUGUCACAGGAUUCAAAGCGCUCGGCGGAGAUCGUCGCCUCUCCGUCUCUGGACGUUUUCCUGCCGGCGGACGAGGACAAUCCCUACGAGUCCGUGACCACCGCCGUCACGCGGAAACCCUGCUCGCUGGACAUCAACCACCGGCUCAACUCCAGUCCACGCAAUGGUCCCCUGUCCCAUGUAACCGCGAGUAAGGGGGAGCCCGGUAACCAUGGCAACUGUUCGACAGGACCCACUCCAGACUGCUCCCCCCCGUCCCCCGACACAGCCCUGAAGAACAUUGAGAGAGUCAUCCGCCCACAGCCCAAGCAGCGCACCUCUCUGUCCUCGGCCCUGGACGUCCAGAGGCCGGUCAACCACAGCUGUGAGCCCAGCGAGGUGAGCUCGUCCCUGGGCUACGCCAGCUUCAGCACCAGCCCCCCCGCCAGCCCUCCGCUCAGCCCCAACCAGGAGGACUCGGCGGGCUCCAACGACGACUGUCAGCUGACGGACGACGGGCCGUACCAGCGAGACCCUCCCCCUCCGCCUCCUCCUCCUCUCUGCUCUUCCUCCACAUCCAGUGCUCUGUUGGAGGAGCGCAGGAAGAGCCACAUCCCAGAGGAGUGCGGCCUCCUGCAUGGAUCCUCCCCGGCGUGUGAAACGCCCGACACACCGUACCACCUUUACAGCCCCAAACCCCGAAAGCACGCCUGCACCGACGCCCAGAGCGGCCUGGUGCCGAGCCCGGACGUCAGCCUCGUGAUCGCCGGCGGAGCCCCUCAGAUCUUCUCCGGGAGCGACCCGUCGCCUCGGAGGGCCGCCGACCCCGCCCAGAAGCCACAGGUGGUGUACCGCACCAUCUUCCACACCCGGGUCAACCAGGAGCAGGCCCGACCCGCGGACUCCUCCUCCUCCUCCUGCUGCGCCUCUGGUCAAAACGGUGGCGUUCCAGAGUACCGGGGGGUCCAGACAGGAGGCGGCGCGCCCAAGGGCGGUGCCGGCUGCGAGGAGCGGGCCUGCACCCUGGGGAGGAUGAGGUCCAUCCCCCGCAGUGUGCUGGACCUGCAGCGCUCCAAGUCUCUGUCCAAGUCCGAUUCCAACCUGGUAGCUGUGUCUCCCAUACUGGAGGAGCACGGCUGGGGGUCUGGGUCUCGUGGCCAGGGGCCCGGAAGUCCCAGCCCAGGAGAGGGCUCCGGCCCGGGGGGGCGACUGGAGAGGACACCGUCCUUCACGGCUGAGUGGGAAGAGAUCGACAAGAUUAUGAGCUCUAUUGGUGCAGGAAUCUGCAGCGGAUUGGACAUCAAGGAGGACACCUCAGGUCCCCGCUGCCCCAUGCAGUCCGUGGGCCAGUGGCUCGACUCCAUCGGUCUAGUCCAGUACGAGAACCACCUGCUGGCCAAUGGCUUUGACAACGUCCAGUUCAUGGGCAGCAACGUGGUGGAAGACCAGGACCUCCUGGAGAUCGGGAUCCUCAACUCGGCCCACAGACAACGGCUCCUGCAGGCCAUACGGCUGCUGCCCAGGGUGAGACCCGUCGGCUACGACGGGAACAACCCCACGUCCGUGGCGGAGUGGCUGGAGUCGCUGGAGCUCGGCGACUACACCAAGUCCUUCCUCGUCAACGGCUACACCUCCAUGGAGCUGGUCAAGAAGAUCUGGGAGAUCGAGCUCGUUAAUGUGUUGAAGAUCAGUCUCAUCGGACACAGAAAGCGGAUCCUUGCCUCAUUGGGGGACCGGCUACUCGAAGAAACCCCACAAAAACCUCCGCGGGCCAUCUCCCUCAGGGAGCCCGGCGGGAACCACACUCCCCCCCAGCUCAGCCCGUCGGUGGGCCAGGCGGCGUACACGGCGGGGGUCCCCGGCGGAUCUCUGGACGUGCAGCACCUCAUCAUGCAGGCGGACGCCCGGCGCAGGCAGCGCAGCAACGACAACUACUUCGAGGACGUGCCGCGAUCCAAGCUGGAGCGGCAGAUGGCCCAAGUCGGCAUGGGGGGCGAUUGGUGCGAGCCGAUCACGUUGCGUCCGCCCAACGAGGCCACCUCGUCCACGCCGGUGCAGUACUGGCAGCAUCACCCCGAGAAGCUCAUCUUUCAGUCCUGUGACUACGAAGCCUACUACCUGGGCUCCAUGCUGGUGAAGGAGCUGCGAGGGACGGAGUCCACGCAGGACGCGUGCGCCAAAAUGAGGAAGUCGACCGAACAGAUGAAGAAAGUGCCGACCAUCGUGCUCUCCGUGUCGUACAAAGGGGUGAAGUUCAUCGACGCCACAAACAAGAACAUCAUAGCAGAACAUGAGAUCCGCAACAUCUCGUGCGCGGCUCAGGAUCCAGAAGACCUGUCUACGUUCGCCUACAUCACCAAAGACCUCAAGUCCAGUCACCACUACUGCCACGUCUUCACCGCCUUCGAUGUGAACCUGGCGUACGAGAUCAUCCUGACCCUGGGCCAGGCCUUCGAGGUGGCCUAUCAGCUGGCCCUGCAGGCCCGGAAGAGCGGCCACGGAUCGUCCACGCUGCCCGAGAGCUUCGACAGCAAGCCCAGCAAACCCGUCCCCAAACCUCGGGUCAACAUCCGCAAAUCCGUCAUGUCCCCCGUCAGCCACUGGUCACUGGGCCACAUUUACACCCCUCACCGGCCUCCUCUCCACCCUCCUCCCCCUCGACUCUUCCAUCUUCCUCACAAAGCUCAGUCACAGAUGGAGCAGCCGUCCAUGGACCAGAAGGGUCACGCAAAUGUGCCCUGGAUUGUGGAGCCGGGUCAGGAGGCCAAGAGAGGAGUCAACACAAAGGCAAUGCCGGACGCUCAUGUCUAUUACUGUGGAAUGCAAAGAAUGUAGCCAGCCCUAAACACGGACCUUGUCACACAUACAAUGCAAAACGGAUUACAAAAAGGACUACAAACACGGAUGCUACUCCGCGCUGUUUAAGGUUGACUACAACAUUCUGACAUUGUGCGUCCGGGUAAACGCUGGACAUUUCGUACGCGGUAACGGGACCGCGUCUCGCCAGACGACGCUCUGCUCUGAAUGUACGCUUAUUUGAAAAGCGACUCAAUGUUCUCCAGCUACGACGGAAUCUUUUUUUUUUUUUUUUUUUUUUUGUUUAAGAACCUAACUUGGAGGCGUGACCUGAGAACUUUUGGGUGCGGCCACAGCGACCCCGUGGAGACAGUGAGUAUUUGGACUCUGGGCAUGCGGCACUGGGGGAAGGGGCAUGAGUUUGAGGACGACCGGCUGCCUCUUUUUGGUCUCUUUGGUUUUCUUAAAAGAAUAUAAUACAGAGAUAUAUGCACAGGUGUGUAAAAUGUGAUUGGACCCUGCAACACGCCGGAGAUGCAACAGGUAUCUCGUAACGGAUUAUAAACCUACGCAAACAAAACGGCAUCUGGCGUAAAAAAAAAGUAAAAAAAAAAAAAGUAUUCUAUUCGUAUUGCCCGACAUUUUAAUGUUUAAUAUGAGAGUAUUAUAUUACCACGAUGAUUAUGAUUAUUCUUGUGCAAUUCUUGUCUACUGUUGUCUUAAUGUUACAUUAUUUUUCUAUGAUAUGAUGAGAGGAAUUCCAGGGGCUUCGAGGGUGACGGCAGUCCGUUAAAAAGAGCUCAAACUAUAUGAUCGUACGUCGCAGGUGGCUAGCUAACUCGUGUCAGGUCAAACGCAUCGUUUCUCAUGGGGCUCUACUCUUUAUCUAGCAGAUGUAAUAUUUUAAACGCAGUAUUACUGUAUUAUUUGGAUGAGACGUCAUCCGAUUAUAAAAUGUACAUAGAUAUUUUGCCAACUCAUUGUUCAUACGUGUAAUGUAAAAGAAAAGAAUAAAGCAUUUGCAGUACGCGGCACUGGAUACAAGGUACCCAAAUAAAGGUUGGAAAUUCAAAGAAGUGGUGCAUUGCAGAGGUUGUGCUUUAAGACCGAGGUGGGUUACAUGGCGACAUCACUGCUGAACAACUCGUGUACAUAUGCUUGGGCUUCCAGCACACUGAAUUUUGUAAUUUGGGCCAUUAUUUAUAUCCUUGUAAAGCACAUGGAAUAAAAUAUGACUUGUAAAACCAUUACUCA